GAUUCAAAACACACUGUAUUGGUGAAGAAAAACAUUAUUUAAACAAGGUAAAACCAUCUUAAUUAAUCAUAAUAAUAAUUGUACUUUUCUUAUGGUUAUUCAUCUUAAAUUGUGCAUGAGUUUUAUGUUAAUCACAUUACACAAAUUAAAUGGCUGUCCAUAAAGAAAUAUGUGUUGGCAUGCACAAAGGGCAUAAAGUUACCAAGAAUGUUCAGAAACCUCGACCAUCAAGAAGGAAAGGAAAAUUAACUAAGCAUACAAGGUUUAUCAGAGACAUUGUCCGUGAAGUAUGUGGAUUUGCACCUUAUGAAAAGAGAGCUAUGGAGCUUUUAAGAGUUUCAAAGGAUAAGAGAGCUCUUAAAUUUUUGAAGAAGAGGUUGGGCACCCAUUUGAGAGGUAAGAGGAAGCGUGAUGAAUUGUCCAAUGUAUUGACUGCCCAAAGAAAGGCUGCAGCUCACAGAGAAAAGGAAGGAAAAUAAAUGUACAGUUUUAAAAUAAAUAGUUAAAAAAAACAUAUAAUUUUUUCUUUUUGA